AUGUCGGUAUGUCCACUCGAUGCGACCGGCCCUUUUGCUUCCACUCCAUUUUCCGAGGACGUCGCCGGUUUUAUUGAAGGCAAGGGAGAAGAAAGUGAGCUAGAGACACUUCUAAAGCGUAUGUACCGCGAAGCUGCCACAUCCGAUCGAGAGGAUAUGCGACAUAUUGCAAAAUUUGUGCCGGGUCUCCGACUUCAUGCUGGUCUGAUGGAAUACCUGAACGCUGAACUGAGCCCUGAAGAGCUGAAAAACAUUUCCAAUUCGGACGUGGAGAUCGAGAAGCUUCUGCAGGAAUCCGGGCGGUUGAUGGACGAGAAGAGUGUACAAGCGAUGGCGGAUAGGGUGCGGACGAUCCAGACAUCGAUAUUGAAACCCGGGCAGCAGGCGGAAUUGCAGAAAAGCUAUGAAAUGCUUGAUGGGGCAUACAAGCUGAUGGUUGCGAGCAAUAUGGAUCAACGAAACAUCGAUACGGUCGUCAAAAACUUCUUGCACGCCUUCUUCAAGCUAAGUUCCAAAUCGUUCUACAUUUUUGGUGCGGGGCUCACGGUGAACUCUGGAUACGAUGACGAGGCUAAUGCUCAGAUGCUCUAUACGACCGCAAUUCUUCUUGGUCUCCGUUGUGAUCGCGCGAUACGGUUUGGGACCACCUGGGCCAUCGCUGGGCACGAAAUCUAUCAUUCGAUUUUGACGAGCACGGAGAAAAGGGUGGGCAUCGACGACACGCGGGUGAAAACCAAUCGAGAAUGUUAUAUUGAUCAUAUGCUAAGGGCUCAGGAGCGCUACAGCGAAGAUGAGAACGAUACAAUUCUGAAAUCCGGCAAGGGCACCACGGGCGAAGAUCUGCCCGACUACGAGGGGCUGCAAGCUGCCUAUAAAUUGUUUGAAACAACCGGAGGCUUGGAGGAAACACCGUAUCCCGAUCUGCCAACGAUCACACGGAGCCGAUUAUUUUUCUAUAGCUGGGCCGCGUUCUGGUGUCGGGGCUUAGGGGACCGCAUUACGGGGACAGGAAGUGAGAUACACUCGUUCGGGUACCUAAGGACAAAUGCGCCCCUGUCGCUGCUGAGAUCGUUCCACAAGGCGUUCAACUGCCCCGCGACGAGUCGCAUGGGUCAACUCUAUGUGGGUUGGAUCCUGGCCGCCUUCCGGAAGCAGAGUUUGGUAUGCCCUUUAAACUCAACGGGACCAUUCGCCUUGUCAUAUUCGCUACCACCAGACGUUAUAAACUACAUCGAGGAGUCGACGAAGGUUAGCCCCGCCGAGGCUGCUCUAAUACGAAUGGUGGAGAACCCAAGAUCUGACGAAACGGAUUUUUCUGACCUGCGGGACGCUGCGGCUUUCGUGAACGGCCUGCGUCUGCAUGCAGGAAUGCUGGAGUAUCUACGUCUUGAAUUAACACCGGAGGAGCUACAUAAUAUCUCCAGCUACGCUCCCGUUGUGGAAGAUUUGAUUCGCGUGAUCGUGGGCCAAGUAGAGAAAUCGGGCCGCCUGAUGAACGAAACGAGCUUGCAAAUCAUGCGCGAUCGAGUUCGAACUAUCCAAACAGCUAUUAUCAAACCUGAACAACUAGACCAAAUUCAAGAUGCCUACAAACGAUUUGACGAGGCAUACUGCCGAAUCAUGGAAAAGACUAGGUGUCUCGAAGAUGCCGACUUUAUCCUUAAACAAUUUAUGGUUGCUUUUAACAAACUAGACCCCAAUCUAUUUACAAUCUUCUCGGGCGGAUUGUCGGUCAAUUCCGCGUACGAUCACAACACGCAGAUGUUGUACGUGACGCAGCUCAUCCACGGACUGCGUGUCGAUAGGGCCAUAAAUUUCGGCGCCGUCAUUGCUACCGCUGGUCAUGAGAUCUAUCAUUCCCUUUUGACAAAUCCUCCAGAAUUGGGAAUUAUUGACGAGCGGGUGAAGGCCAACCGAGAAUGCUAUAUCCAGCAUAUGCUGCGAGUCCAGGAUCAAUACAAAGGAGAAGAGAACGAUACCUACGUACACUCUGGGCCGAUAACAAUGCAAGAGGAUUUGCCCGACUAUGAAGGGCUACAAGCCGCUUAUCAACUUUUCGAAAAAACUGGAGGGCUAGACGAAAUCCCAUAUGCCGAUCUACCGAAAAUAACACGCGAUCAACUAUUCUUCUACACGCACGCUGCCAGCUAUUGUGAAGCUGCUCCGGGACGUAGCUCGGGGAGCAAUCCGCUCGAAACUCACUCGCUAGGUUACCUCCGGACAAAUGCCCCGCUAUCUCUGCUCAGCUCCUUCCAUAAGGCUUUCAAAUGCCCGGCAGAUAGUAGGAUGGGACAGCUUUAUGUUUGUCCGCUGAAUGCAACGGAACCCGGCGCUACUCCUCCAUUUUCGCCCGAUGUUGUGGCACAUAUAACCGCUAAACGAAAUUCGAGUGACGUUGAGAUAGCGUUGAAGGAUCUUUAUUUGGAGAUGAGAAAUGAUACAAACUUCUCCCGAGAGGUGUUGAUGCAAAUGAGGACUAUUGGAAAGUUUGUGUACGGUCUACGAUUACAUAUCGGGCUGAUGGAAUACCUCACCGAGGAAUUGAGCACCGAUGAAUUACGCGAACUCGCCAGUUAUGAGAUCCAGAUAGAAGAGAUGAUUCAGGUUAUACUUUGGCAGGUCGAGAAAUCCGCUGCAAUGUUGGACCCGAAAACCCUGAAAGCAAUGAUAUCGAGAGUACGGACGAUACAAACAUUCAUCUUGAAGAUUGAUGAUUUGCCAAAGUUUAAGAAGAGCUACGAACUUUUUGAGGAAGUCUACAGCCAGAUGAUCGAGAAGAACAUUGAUCCAAAAGACGCUAUCCUCCUCAUCAAAAAGCUAAUGGAAGCUUUUGUUGAACUCGACCACAACCUGUUCUUCAUUUUCACCUCCGGACUCCAGACAAAUUCGGCAUAUUUCCCAAAUCAGCAGCUGAUAUACACAACGUUAUUACUGGUUGGGCUUCGAUGUGAUAGGGCUAUAAAGUUUGGUUCCACAAUGGCCGUGGCUGGACAUGAAAUAUACCAUUCGAUUUUGACAAAAACUGAAGAUGCCAAAGAGGGAUUGGGAAUUGUGGACCAAGCUGUGCAAGCCAACCGAGAAUGUUAUAUUGGCCAUAUGAUAAGAGCACAGAAUGAAUAUAUGGCGGAUGAGAAUGACACCCAAUUAAAUUCUGGCAAUAAGACCGUUGCCGAAGAUCUCUCCGAUUAUGAAGGGCUACAAGCCGCAUAUGAACUUUUGGCAAAGGCUGGUGGUCUCAGCGCCAGGCUUUUUCUUAGGGCUGAUGAGCACUCGUUGGGCUACCUUCGAACCAAUGCUCCACUGUCGCUGAUGCGAUCCUUCCAUAAAGCAUUCAACUGCCCGGCGACUAGUCGUAUGGCAAAACUUUACCACGCUGCCCCUGCCGACAAGUGCAACCAGAUCGGGGAUGUCGGAACCCUAACAAAUGAAGAAAUUUUUAGGCACGAU